GGGUGCAGGACGGAGGACCGGCGCUGGGGUAAGGCCGCCCGAAGGCAAGAGCGAGUACUCGACGGCGGUGUCUGAAGAGAGGAGCGUAUCUGACGAAACCUGCAGCAAGCAGUGGAAGAGUCUUUGAACCUUUCCCUCCCUGGGAGUCUUGGACUCUAAGUGCUCCUUCAGGAAAGCGUCUCAGAGCCGGAGGAGGAAGAGGGAGGGGAGAGAACGUAAAGCUGCAGCUGUUCCAGCGGACUUGUCCCGUCUUGUUGUCGGUGUGGGAAGCAAGAACGGCUCAAGGAAGUUGCCGUUUGUGGACUCUGUGAGACAGUAAGUCACGUGGGCUUAUAUGCAACUGCCUCGGCUUGGUUACAAAACAGUUUGUAGUUCUGAGGAGGCAGAGAACACCAGAACGGACAGGAGUUCUGAUGAGAGACAGCCUUCUUUGCUUCUGGAGAUUUUGAGAACCUUGUGUUGGUCCUUUUGGUGGCAGCCUGUUCGAUUUUGCGUUUCAUUGUAAACUGAGCUGAACACAGUUGAGUGUUUUUGAUUCCAUAAACAACUGUGUGGAGAGCCAGCUGGGCAAAGUGUGGCUUUUACAAAAACCCUGCUGCAUGCCUUUGCUUCUCCUCUUACAGAAAUGCUUUCUUUGAAGAAAUAUUUCACAGAGGGACUCAUCCAGUUCACCAUUCUCCUCAGCCUGAUCGGAGUGAGGGUGGACGUAGAUACCUACCUGAACUCUCACCUUCCCCCUCUGCGGGAGAUCUUUCUGGGCCAGAGCUCAGCUUACACUCAGACACAGUUCCACAACCUGCGCAAUACUUUAGACGGCUAUGUUAUCCAUCCCAAAAGUGUAGACCUGGACUACUAUUUCACAGCUCGCCGGCUUCUUAACCAGGUGAGGGCCCUGGACCGGUUCCAGGUGCCCACCACAGAAGUCAAUGCCUGGCUGGUACAUCGAGAUCCCGAAGGCUCCGUCUCCGGUGCUCAGCCCAGCACGGGCAUUGUCCUUGAGAAUGGUGGCGGCUUGCAAGACGGGACCGUCCCAGACAAUGUGGUGAGGGAAAGUGGAGCAGAGCAAGGCUUUGGCGAAGAGCUGGAAGACUUGGGCGCCGUGGCUCCUCCAAUGAAUGGAGAUCUAACCAAAGAGGACAUUGAUUUAAUUGACAUCCUGUGGAGACAGGAUAUCGACCUUGGAGCUGGGCGUGAGAUUUUUGACUACAGCCACCGCCAGAAGGAGAGCGACGUGGACAAAGAAGCCGGCAGCGGGCAGGAGUGCGGGGAUGGCUGGAGGAGCCGCAGGGGCGAGGAGGACGUUGCCGCCGACCGGGCCCUGCUAGUGGAUGGCGAGACGGGGGAGAGCUUCCCUGCACAGGUGCCUGGUGUGGAGGACCAGACAGCCUUGUCUUUGGAGGAGUGCCUUAGGCUGCUGGAGGCCACAUUUCCCUUUGGAGAGAAUUCGGAGUUUCCAGCUGCAGAUGCCCCCAGCCUGACCGAAGCUGUGCCUAGUGAGAGCGGGCCGUCCGUUGUUCCGAACGGGCUCCUGUCUCCUCUCCUGACCGAGACGGAGCUGCCCUUUGACCUGGAGCAGCAGUGGCAGGACCUCAUGUCUAUCAUGGAAACGCAGGGUAUGGAGGUCAACAGCACAGCGGCCACAGAGAACUUGUACAACAGCACAGGCGGAGACAUCCUGACAACCAAUUACAGCCUCCCACCUUCCACCCCCAUCAAUCAGAAUGUCAGCCUGCAUCAGGCGUCGCUGGGCAGCUGUGCCCAGGACUUCCCUUCCCUGUUCAGCUCGGAGAUCGAGAGCCCUUCGCUAGCCGGCAGCUCAGCCUUGUUGCAGCUGGUCCCCGACAACUCCACCGGCUUCAGCUCCACCUUCGGCUCGACCAACCUGAGUGGGAUCUUUUUCCCUUCUCAGUUGAACAGCACUGUAAACGACACAUCCGGGCCUGACCUUCCAGAUCCUCUCGGGGGGCUCCUAGACGAAGCCAUGCUGGAUGAGAUUAGCUUGAUGGACCUGGCUAUCGAAGAAGGCUUCAACCCGGUGCAGGCCUCCCGCCUGGAGGAGGAGUUCGAUUCCGACUCAGGGCUGUCUUUGGACUCAAGCCACAGCCCCGCUUCUCUCAGCAGCUCGGAAGCCUCUUCCUCAUCUUCUUCCGCUUCUUCCUCCUUUUCUGAGGAGGGUGCUGUGGGCUACAACUCGGACUCUGAAAACGUGGACUUUGAAGAGACAGAAGGGGCUGUCGGGUACCAGCCAGAGUACAGCAAGUUCUGUCGCAUGAGCUACCAGAACCCUUCCCAGCUCCAUUACCUGCCUUACCUGGAGCACGUGGGUCACAACCACACCUACAACAUGGCCCCCAGGACCCUAGAAACCGACGAGCCCGAACCAGUCAGCGUGGGGAGGAAGAGCGCCAAGGAGAAGCAGGCCGACUUCCUGGAUAAGCAGAUGAGCAGAGACGAGCACCGCGCCCGAGCCAUGAAGAUCCCGUUCCCCAACGAGAAGAUCAUCAACCUGCCCGUGGAAGAAUUCAACGAGCUCCUGUCCAAGUACCAGCUAAGCGAGGCCCAGCUGAGUCUCAUCCGGGACAUCCGGAGGCGGGGGAAGAACAAGAUGGCCGCCCAGAACUGUCGCAAGAGGAAGCUGGACACGAUCCUCAACCUGGAGAGGGACGUGGAGGAUCUGCAGAGGGACAAGUCCAAGCUGCUCAGGGAGAAGGUGGAAUUCCUCAGGUCUCUUCGCCAGAUGAAGCAGAAGGUGCAGAGCCUCUACCAGGAGGUCUUUGGCUGCCUGCGGGAUGAGAACGGCCAGCCCUACUCCCCCAAUCAGUACGCCCUCCAGUACGCCAGCAACGGCAGCAUGAUCCUAAUACCGCGCUCCCUGGCCGACCAGCAGGGCCGGCGGCAGGAGAGGAAACAGAAGGACCGGAGGAAGUGAGAGGUGGCGGCGAUCAGCAGGGGAGUUCAAAACUCACUGAAACUACGUCUCGAGAAGGGCUGAGCCCAGAAGAAGCUGAAGGAACUUUCAUGCCCUUCUUAUCCAAUAUAUCUUCUCAAAACCAUGAUAGCUGCCAGUCAGUGUAUAAGAGCAGACUGCAGGGCGGGGGGGCCGACGAGUCUGGAGGGUGCGGAAUGGCAAAGCAUGUGGGGAAAGACCUGUGUCCCCAGCAGCCUGGAACCCAUUGCAGAAUGUCGUGGGGGGUGGGGGAGAUCGCUGGCAUAACGCGUAUGUGGGAGGGGGGGUGAGUUGCCGUGGAGGGUAGAAAAGUUGAGUUGUUACAGCUGGGAUUUUUUUAAGGCGGGGGGGACGACAAGUUUUUUCUGGAAAGAUGAAGCAGGCUUAAGAGAGCUUUUUGUUUUUGGAAGAUAAAAGGCCAGGUACCUGGGUGGUUUUCCUUACCUGUUUUUCUGACAUCAGUUGGGUGCAAUUUAAAAACUCGAUUUUAUCCUGCAGUUAGCCAGCAUCCCUUCCUUAGUUCUGGGGGGGUGGGGGGGAGCAGCAGCUGGAAAAUGUUAACUUAAGUUUGGUUACGGGCUGUUUCCUUAUCCCUUUUGACUGUGGGAGAAAGUGAGACGCUUCUAUUCAAGGAACGAACCAGUACAGCCUUUUUUGGUGGCUUUUUAGCACCUGCCGUAAAUGUUGGAAGGCUGGGACAGGUUAACAGAACAGCUAAGACGAUGCCUCUUCCCAUUAAACACUCACCAAGCAUGUCACUGCCCACAGGGAGGAAUCGGCGGGGGUGCUGGGCCUACCCCCUCAAGACGCAUUAAGCUGAGAUGGCACACGUAAACUGCAUGCUCCAGUAUGCCAUCUUUCCCACAGGUUGGCUUGAAGAAACUGCUUGGGGGGGGGGGGGGAGUAGGUGUGAACCCUGGCUUCUUCAGCUGGGUGGAAUGUCAUCACUGUUUGGUCUACAGCACAAAUGGGUUUGGUUUCCCCUAAACUGGGCUUCUGGCACAGAGGAAAUUGCCCCCUCAGUGGCGAGCGCCUUUCUCCAAGGGUAGUUGGAUUUUAGUGAACGGUUUUAGAGCAAUGUCUUCUCUCCCCACCCUUUCGCACUAUAGACUGAUCUUGUAGCAUACAUGUAGGAAAAGCAAGGGAAAAAUGCAGUCUCCCCGUCCUGGAUGAUCAAGGCUGCUGAAAAUCCUUUUUUUUUUUGCCACGAGACACUGUGUGCUACAGCUGGCUUCCCUUGGGUUUUUUUGGGGAGGGGUGUCAUUCUGACCACCUCUCCCCCUCUUUUUUAAAAGAAUAAGGCAAAGGGUGAGGGGUAGUGCCUUGAACACGGCUGGCCUCAAGCUUUGAGGCAGUCCUCGAAGCUGUUAAAACUUGCAGUAUAGCACAGCUGGUAGUAUUACUGACCUUACCAGCACCUGAGGAGCUGAAUGACUUUGGGUUUCCCCCCCAGCUAGUCAGUCCUGUGUAUGUGAUGGCGUGUGAGGGUGUAGCACUGAGAUGAACACCCUCCAGAGGACUUGGGAGGAGUUUAUGAUGUGCUGUUUGUAUGGUCAAAGGGGCAAAUAUGGCUUGGCCACCUGGGGUUCCCUAUGAUCUUGCCUUCUUAAGGCUGAGGUUUUGAAGGGAGAGAGCAUGGGGGAGGUGUGACAGUUGACCCUCUCGUGCCCGCAAGGUGUGUGACAGCAUGAAAACUUGAAGCACAAAAUGUGUCAAAGCUGUGGCUGGGGUUUGCUGGGUGCUACGGAUGGAGCCCUGAUGUGUGCAUGUGUUAAUUUAUUUUUUUUCUCCUUUUAGAGAUUUUUAUUUUGAAUGGUUUCUGUGAUCUGUUGGGGGAGAGGAGAGAGUGAGCAAGCACAGGAUGAAAAAAAUUAAAAAGGCUUCACUAUUUGAGCAUCAUUGUGUGUGGUCUUUUUUUUUUUAACGGAACAGCCCUGCAAGCUAGAAAGCAAUAUGUCUGCUUGUUGACCUACUCCCUGCAACUUCUCCAUCUCCAUUGCUUUAGCUUGCCAGAACUUAGUUCUUAGUCUAGACUCCACAGUGGUCACAAGACUUCAGUAAUCACUUAGGUGUUAGCUGUAAUGAAUAAGACUGCUUUGUAACUCUACCCCUACUUUCUGGGAGCACAGAGGCAACAGCCCUGG